AUGAACGGGACACUCAAGAUCACAAACGUGAAGAGGAAUGAUUCAGGUCAAUACAGCAUUGAGGUCUUUAAUUCAAAUGGAGUCCAAGAGAAAAACAUUGUUUUCACCCUGGAUGUUAAAGAAAAUGGCAAAGUUGAAGGGACUGAAUACUCCAAAAUUUUACAGUUUUGCUUUUGUUUACUUUUUUUAUUUGCAGGUUUGGAAACUUGCUGUGACAUUAAACAGCAUGGAGCUCAGUGUUAUGGAUCUUUAGGUGGAAAUGUGGACAUCCAACUGAUGGACAAUACCUCAAAGACAUCAAAAUACCAAUUGAUGAAAAAUUCAUUAAAAAUACUAAAUGUCAGAAAUAAUAAAGUUCUUCCUAAUGCUGAAGGACAAAGAUUUGUCUUUUUUUCCAGUAAUGCAACAUAUAGGAUCCCUAACAUGAGCAGGAAUGACAGUGGUAAUUAUACCCUUCAAACCUUUGAUUCAGAGGGAAGAGCAUCAGGCGAGUGGACUUUACAGUUGUUUAUUCAAGCUCCAGUGUCCUCUGUCCUGCUGGUCUCAGAGUGUCUGUCCCAGGGAGAGAUGAGGGUGUCCUGCUCCUCUGAGGGAGGGGACAGUCCUCAGUACAGCUGGACUCUAAAUGCACGCACACUAACAGAUGCUGAGCUCCUUCCUGGAAACAAUGAGACUAACAUCAUCACUCUGAAACAGCACGUCUCAGGAAAUCUGGUCUGCUCAGUCAGGAACAACGUCAGUAAUGUCUCCAAAGAACAGAGGAUAUCUACCUGUGGUGUAGAAACUUACUGUGAUGACAGACAGGAUGGAGCUCGGUGUUAUGGAGCUUUGGGAGGAACUGCGGACAUCCAGCUGGUGGACAGCACCUCAAAAAUACCAAGAUACAAACUGUUAAAGAAUUUAUUAAAAAUACUAGAUGUCAGAAAUAAUAAGGUUAUUUCUAAUAUAAUACAAGAUAGAUCAGUCAUUUUCCCCUGUAAUGGGACAUUUAGGCUCAGUGACCUGAGCAGGAAUGACAGUGGUAAUUAUACCCUUCAAACCUUUGAUUCAGAUGGAACAUCAACAGGGGAGCAGACUUUACAGUUGUUUAUUCAAGCUCCUGUGUCCUCUGUCCUGCUGGUCUCUGAGUGUCUGUCCCAGGGAGAGAGGAGGGUGUCCUGCUUCUCUGAGGGAGGGGACAGUCCUCGGUACAGCUGGACUCUGGAUGGACGCACACUGACAGAUGCUGAGCUCCUUUCUGGAGAUAAUGAGAGUUACAAAAUCAUUCUGAAACAGCACAUCACAGGACAUCUGGUCUGCUCGGUGUGGAACAACGUCAGUAAUGUCUCCAAAGAGGAGAGAAAAUAUCUAUCUGUGGUGAGUGUGGAAACUUACUGUGAUGGCAGACAGGAUGGAGCUCAGUGUUAUGGAGCUUUUGGAGGAACUGUGAACAUCCAGCUGAUGAACAACACCUCAGAAAUAACUAGAUACCAGUUGUUAAAGGAUUCAUUAAAAAUACUAGAUGUGAAAGGGGAUAAGGUUAUUUCUAAUAACAUUGCACAUAGAUAUCUCAUUUUUCCCAGCAAUGGGACAUUUAGGAUCAAUGGCCUGAGCAGGACUGACAUUGGUAAAUAUACCCUUCAAACCUUUGAUUCAGAUGGCAGGACAUCAGAUGUUUGGACUCUACAUUUGUUUAUUCAAGGUGUGGAAACUUACUGUGAUGGCAGACAGGAUGAUGCUCAGUGUUAUGGAGCUUUGGGAGGAACCGUGGACAUCCAGCUAGUGAACAGCACCUCUGAAAUACCUAGAUACUACUUGUUAAAGGAUUCAUUAAAGAUACUAGAUGUGAGAGGGAAUAAGGCUAUUUAUAAUACCAUAGCACACAAAUCUCUAAUCUUACCCAGUAAUGGAACAUUUAGAAUCAGUGAUCUAAGCAGGACAGACAGUGGUAAUUAUAGCCUUAUAACCUUUGAUUCAGAUGGCAGAUCAUCAGGCGAGCAGACUUUACAGUUGCUUAUUCAAGCUCCUGUGUCCUCUGUCCUGCUGGUCUCUGAGUGUCUGUCCCAGGGAGAGAGGAGGGUGUCCUGCUCCUCUGAGGGAGGGGACAGUCCUCAGUACAGCUGGACUCUGGAUGGACGCACACUGACAGAUGCUGAGCUCCUUCCUGGAAACAAUGAGACUAACAUCAUCACUCUGAAACAUCACAUCUCGGGACAUCUGGUCUGCUCAGUCAAGAACAAUGUCAAUAGUGUAUCCAAAGAACAGGAGAUAUCUACCUGUGUUGAAGUGUCCUACCUCGGCAGAAGAUUAAAAUCAAAACGUGCCUUAAUGAAGAGCAUGGAGCAGUUUCUUAUCAUUGUGCUUGUGGCAGGGGAAAUUCAUGGUAUGGGAACUUACUGUGAUGGCAGCCAGGAUGAAACUAAGUGCUAUGGAGCUUUGGGAGGAACUGUGGACAUCCAUCUGGGCAGCAUCUCGGAAAUACUUGAAUACCAAUUGUUGAAGGAUUCAUUAAAAAUAUUUAAUGUGAAAAAGACCAUGAUCAGUUUUAAAACCAAAGAACAUAGGUAUCUUUUCCUCAGUAAUGGGACAUUUAGGAUCAAUAACUUGAGCAGGAGUGACAGUGAUAAUUAUACUCUUCAAGCCUUUGAUUCAGAUGGAAGAAGAUCAGAUCAGCGUAUUUUACAGUUGUUUAUUCAAGCUCCUGUGUCCUCUGUCCUGCUGGUCUCUGAGUGUCUGUCCCAGGGAGAGAGGAGGGUGUCCUGCUCCUCUGAGGGAGGGGACAGUCCUCAGUACAGCUGGACUCUGGAUGGACGCACACUGACAGAUGCUGAGCUCCUUUCUGUAAAUAAUGAGAGUAACAUCAUCACUUUGAAACAGCACAUCUCAGGACAUCUGGUCUGCUCAGUCAGGAACAACGUCAGUAAUGUCUCCAAAGAAGAGAGGAUAUCUACCUGUGGAGCAGGAAUUUUAACACUGAUGGGUGGUGUUCUCUUAGCACUGAUAGUUUUCUUAGUUCUGGUCUCUGAGUGUCUGUCCCAGGGAGAGAUGAGGAUGUCCUGCUCCUCUGAGGGAGGGGACAGUCCUCAGUACAGCUGGACUUUGAAUGGACACACACUGACAGAUGCUGAGCUCCUUUCUGAAAAUAAUGAGACUAACAUCAUCACUCUGAAACAUCACAUCUCGGGACAUCUGGUCUGCUCAGUCAAGAACAAUGUCAAUAGUGUCUCCAAAGAACAGGAGAUAUCUACCUGUGUUGAGUGA